AUGAUGCAAACAUCCCGUGUUCUCACUCUGUUCGGCUGGCUUCUCAUACUGACGAUCUCAGUGUUAGCUGCACCACUCAAGAUCAGUCUGAAUAUUCCUGAGGUGGUAGAUGACCUCGCCGAGUUUUCCGUGCAAGUCAAGGUCUCCAACGUCGGCAAGAAGCCUACCCAUUUGUUGCAUGAUCCAUACUCAGUGCUUUCUCCGGAGUGGGAGACAAACAUCUUUGACAUAGUUAAGGAUGACGGAAGCGUCCCUAAAUUUACUGGUAAUGAGGCAUCUGCUCUCGGCGACGAGUACACAACGUUCCUUCCUGGCCAGUCCCGCACCUACGUCCACCAACUGGGCAAGAGCCGAUACGAUUUCGCAACCCCUGGCUCAGAGGGGGACUUCUUCGUCUCGCUCAACCGUCUUGGCCAGAGGCUUACUCAUAUCCAUGACGUUAAUGACCCUUCCACACACGAAACUGUGGUGUAUGGCGUGAAAUUGGUUCGAAGCCCGUCAACGAGAAUCCUUGGAAGUACCGUCCUGGCUAAGCGCUCCGUCGGCCUUGAGAAACGUGCAAACUUUGCCAACUGUGACGUCUCCAUGCAAACCCAACUUCAAGACCUUGUUGUCCCUGCUGCACAGACCUUAGCACAGCAGGCAUUUAACUACAUGGACAUCCUGAUCAACCAAACCACGUCUCGGGCUAGGCUCUCGCCUCGCUACCAUAUAUGGUAUGGAAAUUAUACGAGGUCAAGAGGACUUCGAGUGAGAAGAAUCUUCCAGUCCAUGCAAGAUGGUCAAUUGUCAACCAACACCUAUGAUUGCUCGUGCACAACAUCGGGGUCGUAUGGCUAUGUGAAUAAUGAGUUUGGCACCGUUUACCUUUGCCCAGGGUUCUGGACUGCUCUCCCUGUAGGAUCGAACUCCCGCCCUGGGUUGUUGAUCAACCUUAUCAGUCAAUUUCGUCAGAAUGGUGGAACAAUGCAGCUCGCGACAGGCAUAGCAGCAUGCCAGGCCCUCGCGAAAACAAGCCCAAGGAAUACCACGAGGAACGCCGACUCUUAUGAGUAUUUCGCAGAGAAUUUCCCUCCUCUGCCCUGAGGGGUGUGGCCGUUUGUUGCAUUUGGUUCUGGCUUUGUUCUGUCCUCGUCAUGAUUCGACGGUACUGUUCAUCGCCUGCGUUGAAGUCCUGAUUCUUUCAAAUAGUUUCUCUCGUUCAUUCUGUUUCGGCUUUAUUUAGUUCCUUGACGUAUGGAUCUUCAUUCCAUUUUGGCCACGGAGUCGUUUCACCAAUUGAUUACUUUGUUUCAAUGUGGCUUGCAUCAUUUCUGGGAUCGAAAUUAAGUAUUACUUAUAUUAAAGUUAUAUGAAUUUCGCGGACAACUCA